UGCAAAAUCAUUUGUCUUUCUCCGUCUCUCAUCACCUCGUUGUUUUGCUUCUCACCACAAUCACCGAAUCACGAGUUCUCCUCCUCUCUGACGCGAGAGCAAUGUCCGUUCCUCUUUUCGACCUUGCCCCUGGUUUGACAGUUUCCAGGCUCUGCUUAGGUACGAUGACUUUCGGAGAGCAGAACACUUUGCCACAGUCCUUUCACCUCCUCGACGAAGCUUUCAAUGCGGGAAUCAACUUCUUCGACUCCGCAGAGAUGUAUCCAAUUCCUCAGCGUGCUGAGACUCAGGGCAGGAGCGAAGAAUACUUUGGCCGUUGGAUUAGACAGAGGAAGAUUCCUCGUGACCGUGUUGUUCUGGCCACAAAGGUUGCAGGGCCAUCUGGACAAAUGACUUGGAUUAGAGGAGGUCCAGAGUGUUUGGACGCAAGGAAUAUUAAAAAGGCCAUUGACUGUAGUUUACAGCGCAUGCGAAUGGAUUAUAUAGAUCUUUAUCAGAUUCAUUGGCCUGAUCGCUACGUUCCCAUGUUUGGAGAGACCGAAUAUGAUCCCACCGGGCAGUUCUGUUCAAUUUGUAUUGAAGAGCAACUUGAUGCUCUUGGCAGAGCUGUUGAUGCUGGAAAGGUAAGGUACAUUGGUCUUAGUAAUGAAACACCAUAUGGUAUCAUGAAGUUUGUGCAAUCUGCUGAAAAGGUUUCUCAUUAUCCAAGAAUAAUAUCCAUUCAGAACUCAUACAACUUGCUCUGCCGAACAUUCAAUUCUGGAAUGGCUGAGUGCUGUCAUCAUGAGAGGAUAAGCUUAUUGGCGUACAGCCCCCUAGCAAUGGGCAUAUUAUCUGGGAAGUACUUUUCACAUGAUGGCAGCCCAGCAGAUGCUCGGCUAAAUCUUUUUAAAGGAAGGUAUUUGGAAGGGGAAUCCAGAUACAACUUGUCCAAAAAGAUCAUAAAAGAUGCUACCCUGGAAUACCUUGGUAUUGCGAGAAAAUAUGGUCUUCAUCCAGUUUCUCUUGCAAUUGCCUUUGUUUUGAGACACCCUCUUGUUGCCAGUGCUGUUUUCGGAGCUACCAAGUCAUGGCAGCUCAAGGAGGUUCUUAACAGCUGCAAAGUUGAGCUAACAUCCGAAAUGAUUGCAGAAAUCAACGAGGUUCAUGCAAGGUUUCCUAAUCCAUGUCCCUGACCAUAACUGAAAAUAACUUGCUGGCUAUGUUAUAUAUAUACUUGCUCAAUUUGUAAUCCAUAUUGUAAUGCUUGUAUUUGGUUUUAUGGUUAAUUAUACUUUCCAGAACUCAGAGAAAAAAGUGGUUGUGGCCACCGUAAGUUAUGAAAUGAGACAGAACCAUGAGUCGGGCAGAUUUGCAAAAGAAUA